AUUAGCCGUUUGUCAUUGUAAUUUGUGUCAAAUAUUUUUAAUUCUAUCAAAUCAAAUCAAUGAAAUUGUCGUCUGCUUGAACCUUUCGAUAUUUUUGCCGGUCUCCGUCCAAUUUCUAAAAUUCUACAGAAAGUAUAAUAAAGGAAUACUACUGAGAUGUCGGUUCAAACAAUAUUAUUGGACUUCUCAAUGGAUCCCGCCCGGUUGGGUGACGAGAACGGUCAGAAAGCUGUAUUUACUCAAUUAGAAACCGUGCUGAAGGAAUAUGUGCCUAAUCUCAUCUUAGCCACUGAUAUUAAAGUGGACGGUGGCUCUCUGAAGCUGCUUACAGGGAAAGCAGGUACAACAGUGUCCGUAAGACUGUUUGAUCGAGGCCUUGUCACUGUAAAUAUUGAAUAUUAUAAAGAAGACAACGAGGAACCAUUAAUCAGCUUCAAGAGUUCAAAGCUUCUGGAAAGUUCUGUACGAAUUUCACUGGAGUGUGUCCGACUAAAACUAUUGCCAACUAUAAAACGUGGCUAUAAAUAUGACGUUUACCUAACAAGCUCAGACGAGAGACUGCUGGAGUAUGACAUCGACGGCGUGCUGUUCGACGAGCAGUCGUCGUUCCAGAAGGUGCAAGUGGUGCAUUCCAAAUCCUUUGGGAACAUUUUGGUGCUAGAUGAUUUACAAAAUAUUUCAGAGGCUGACCUUAUUUACACAGAAACAUUGAUGCAAAGAGGCAAGGAGAGUUACGAAGGGAAAGAAAUCGUCAUUUUGGGUGGCGGCGACGGUGCGCUGCUGUACGAGCUGCUGAAGGAAAAGCCCAAGUACGUGUGGAUGCUGGAGAUUGACGAGCUGGUGAUGAAGGCGUGCAACAAACACCUCAAGUCCAUCUGUGGGGACGUGCUCGAGAGGAGAAAGGGACCUAAUUUCGAGAUAAUCGUGGAGGACUGCAUGCUGACGGUGAAGCGAUUCACGGCCGAGCGGCGCAAGGUGGACUACGUGUUCGGCGACCUCACCGACAUCCCCAUCUCGGACGAGGGCUGCAGCGAGCUGUGGGAGUUCAUGGUCGGCAUCCUGCGCGCCGCCUUCGACAUCCUCAAGCCCAGCGGCAAGUUCAUGACGCACGGCAACGGUGCAACUUCACCUGAAUCCCUCGAGUUGUACGAACAAGUGCUGAUGAAAAUGAAACCGGCGGUCACGUUCAGCAAAUGCAAGGCCUUCGUGCCUUCGUUCAUGGAAGACUGGAUCUUUUACCAGAUAGCCUUCAAGGAGACGGCGAAUAGCGACGAAUAGCGACCAAAGAAUACCAUUGUUCCUUCUAGUUGGUAAGUUAGGUUAAGUGUACGCAGUGGCGUAACUAGAGUGAUAAUGCUGGCAAAAUGUCACAUGCCCAAGAAAUUGAGAAGCGUUUGAACUAAAGCCAUACUCGAUGUGCAUUGUUUAUCAACUAGCAAAUUCAAAUUAGGGUAUAAAGUGACGGUCAUUUCACACCUAAUGAUAAUUUUAUUUAACUCGUUCUUAAAUUAAAUAAAAUCAUAUUUGAUUAAUAAGCUUAAACAAUUAAAUAUAAUGAAAAAAACUGUGUCAGCUCCGACACACGAAUGGAGUUUACUCUUUUAGAUCAACUGUUUAUAUAUCUGUAUGUUGACCCGCAGCAUACACUAUGUACGUCUAUGCCUAAAAAGUGAAAGGUGCGCAACCGGGGAGCAAGUGGGCCGCGUUCACGCAAGCAGCACACGGCGAAAGGUGCGCAGAAUAGGUUGCGCACUAAAAACGUAACGCUGUCAUUCGUUCAUCGAAUUUUACUGCCCUACUUAAUUUUACUAUAAUUUUUUUUCAUUCCGAAAGCUACAUAUGAAAAAUCUAUUCUUGAGGAGGUAACUCCAAGAACAAUAUCAUAAUCAUUUCUAUUUUUUUUGAUGUUGAAUGAACGAACGAACAGAACGAAUGAACAGUGCACAUCGAGUUUGUCUUUAAUAUAGAUCCCUUGGUCGAGGGAUCAAUUUACUUCAAAGUAAAGUGGACCUUAUCACUACUGUAUAAAGUUUACUAUACUGUGAGUUGAUGCUUAAAUUUUAAACCGUAUUUAUAAAUAUGGCCAAAUAAAUAAUCUAACAUUUAACCACGAAUGGUCAGUUACGCCACCAAUGAGUUGUAAAGAAGGUCGAGAAACCUCGGCGGCAAAAGUACAAAUUAAUAAUGAUUUAUUAACUUCGAGCGUUUUUGAAAGCAUAUUAUGAAUUGAAUAUCGGUUUUCGUUAAAAUAAUAUUAGGUACUACUUGCUAUUACUACUAGUAUGUCGUUGUCGUUGAUAACAUAAUGUUAGAUGAAUGCAAAAACGAAUAUUCAAUGAAAAACGACAUUGUGACUUAUUAUUUGAAUGGUACACCGAGAUAUACAGGGUGUUAUGGUGUAUUAAAGUUAGUUAUCAUUAUGUCUCGCGAUUAUUUGCCGCCUUGUGUGUUCCAAUCCUUAUAACAGCUGAAGUGCUGGUUCGUAUGUUGUAUUACUUGUCACAAGUGCACAUUUAUACACAAUUUUACCUAAUACAUAAUAUCAUAAGAACCUGUGUCGAUCAAGUGUUUUAAUAUAAUAUAUAUUAUAAAAUACCAAUUGGGCCAAUUAACGGUUAAUUAUUAUUAUUAUUGAAAGAAAUUAUUUCUGUAUUUUAGUAGCUGGUACCCACUACCGCACUUUUUAACAUUUGCAAAAUCAGUCUCUAUUUAAAAAAAAACAAAAUGCCAGACUAAGUAUUAAUUCUUGGACCAAGGAACAAAAUAUUUAUUUAACUCCUCAAAUGCUGCGUGUAUUUAAUUAUAAAAUUAUACUAAUAAGUAUUUUCAAAUAGAUGCACAAUCUGUAAUAACUAAUGACAUACAAUUAUAAGUUGGUCGGCUAAAUCACAGAGUAAACUAUGGUUUUUCAAGUUCGUUGGUAUCCGGGCGACGGGAGAUGUAUGACUGCUGAAAAGGACAAUGGUCUGGUGUUUGUUGAUAGAAUUCAUAAGCGUCUACUAAUGUAAACUAUUACAGUUUGUAGAAAAUAAUUUAUUUAAUUUUAUGAAACAGAGCAAAAGGUCUAAUUAUGUCCAAAAACUAAAAUAUAUUCACAUCAAUUACAUUUAAAUAAUUGAGUAUGUCAACCAUACUAUUUAUACGAAUAUUGCAUAUAUCAGACAACUAGGGACGCGCACGAUACCGAAAAGCCAGUAUCGAAUCGAAUAAAAUAUCGUCAUUGAACUACACGUAUUCAAUGACAUCAGUUUAAUUUCAGUAGAACAAACAUAUAAACUAAUAUUUAUGACGAAUUAAUAUAAUUAUUUUGAAAUAUAUAUAAAAUAUUUUGAUUUUCAAACAAGAAAUAGUAAUUAAUUUAAAUGCAAUAGGUAUACCUAUUUAAUUUAAAUUACUUAUUUCUAAUCAUGACAAAAUACUGCUAAAGUUCACUCUUACUUGGCGGCAUUUUUCAUUUAAGUAAUAAAAUAACCAAAAUGUAAUAGUCAAACAUGUUAAUAACAAUUAUUAACAACAGUAAGCCAUAUGAUAUAUUUUAAUAAUCAAAGGAAAGGAACAAGUGUUUACAAACGUAUUUAUUGUUUAAGUAUGUUCGACAUGAUUUUAAAUAAAAGUAAAAAUAGUAAGUAAUUUCCUGAAGAUUACUUAUUGAUUACAAAAAUAACAGUAUCGAAAGGAGAUCGAUAAUCAUUAUUCGAUACUAUAAAGUAUCGAUACUUUUACGUGUUCCUAUGACAAGUCAUGCACUAUCGAUUCAACUGUGAACUGUAAGUCAGUUGUCACAUCGCGUCGUAAUUUCGUUGUUUGCGUACUUAAGCGUCUUGUAAAUCUUGUUGCAUUUUUCCAAUACUUAUCAAAUGAUUUUCUGUACCAACAUUCUUUUUUAACGACCGCUUAUGUUUAUGGACACCGAUUCUCCCGCUGAACUACUGACUUAAAACACUAUUGUAUUAAAUUCCACGUUGAUUUUUAGAUUUAAUUAUAUUCAUUUUUAUAAAGUAUGUAUAUUAUCCAUGUCUAAGCGAAAAAUGGGGAUCAAACCUACUUUUUAUGUUCUUCGAUCGAACCCAAAUACCCGGCUUCAUAAUCGUGGAAUAAUUAAGACUUCAAUUUAAAAAGUAGGUCUCUAUUCGUUGUUGACAAAACAUAACCUUUAAAACUUCAAACAUAAAUAUCUCGAAUUCCAGACUUCACAUAAUAUUAAACCAUAAGAAUAAAUUGUUAAGAAAAUAAUUAUCUAUCAUUUUAUAUUUUUUUCAUUCAUAGACGCUUAAAAAAAUGUCAGCAAAAAUUUGUUUGGAAAUAGACCAUUGUCCUUUGGACUGAAACUUCAUCAGCAUCAGUAUUAUUAUCAUGUAUUAAUGACCAAAGAAAAAAGAACUUUUUCGAUAACACAUUGCAAAUGUGACCUGCAAGCCAAUUCACUAACUUGUUUACCAAGUAGGUAUUAGUGAUUAAAGUUCGUUUCAUGUGGGAUGGUGCGGAUGACAGUUCAUUUCACUCUUGAAAGUUUGCUGCGAUUCACGAUAAUAGUGCGUAUUAUGAACAUCAUUUAUAUGCGACUGUAGGCUUACCUUACCCAUACUAUCUGAAAAACACUUUAGCAUUAAGUAAAAAAAAAUCUUUUGUAGGUUUGGGUGUACUCUUUUAUAAUAAGAUCCCCAAGACUGUGCCAAUGCAUUUUUUAAGCAUUGUGUUAAAAAACAUUUGCUUAGUCGAGGUUACUACAACAUUUAUGAGUUCCUUAAUAAUAAAGAUGCUUGGAGGCCGUUGCAUCAGCUUCCACCUUCACACAGGAAGUAAAACUAUAAGAAAUAAACAGUAAUUGUUAUCAAUUGUAAAUUAUAAUACUGUAUGACUUUUUCAUUUCAAAAGAGCAACUGUUGAGUUUCUUGCCGGUAUCUUCUCAACAGAACCUGCCUUCCGAACCGGUGGUAGAAUCUUUAAAAAAUAGUCAAAUAACGUGUCAAAUAAACAAAUAGUCAAAUAACGUGUCAAAAGUGCUUGUAAACUGAGCCUACUUGUAAUAAAUGAUUUUUGAUUUUUAUUUUGAAGUAAAAAUAGCUGACCCAUUCACUAAAUUGGUCUUUAUUAACAACCUAUUAAAAUAACACAUCAAAUCAACUGAGAAAUGUUAUCUACCUACUAUAUAAUCCACGAAGGGUUGUCAGUAAGCACCGGAUGACAUUUGUUACAUAGAAUCUCAAUUUCGUAACAUACGUCAAAGUUAGUGAAUUAGCCUGCAGAAUAGGGUUGUCAUUAAAAAUAUUGUAUUAAAAGUUAUAAAAAUAUUAUAACAGUAAUCUUGACUAUACCUACAUGUAUAGUAUCACACACUUGGAAUAUUUUUUCUUAAAAAGAGUACCAAAGAGUAUUUAUAUCAAUGAACUAUCUAUCUACCGUCUUUAGACAAUAAGUGAUCACUGCACCCUGCAUUAUUAAAUAAAAAUAUUGUGAUUUUAUCAAAUUUGUCACAUUGUAUAGGUAUUUUACUUUAACAAAAGUGCUAUUAAUAUUGCCAUAAACUAGGUAUACAGGGUGUCCCGUAAUUAAUGGAUGGGAAAUAAAUGGGAAAUACACCACCUACUUAUUUAAAAAUUAAUUUGAUUAGUUUUGAAAAAUCCGUAGGUUGUAUUUUUAAGUCGGGUCAUCUAAAUAAAUAAAAAUAAUUAUUGCACUCUAGAGUUUCUUCUUCAAAACAAAAUAUUAUUUCAAAAAUAGUAUCAUUAUACAUUGGUCAUCUAAUUUUUUUAAGAUAAUCUUGUAUUUCGUUCAUUAGAAUGACGAAUAAAAUAUAAUAUAAAUUAAAACUAAGACUACAACACAGUAUAUUAAAUUUAACGCAGUAUAUUAAAUUUAAAUUUAUUAAUAAUUAAAAUCAGAUUUAAAAUAUAAUUUAUACCUAUCAGCUAGUGUUAAAAAACUGAUUCAAGAUGGAAAAACUUAAAAACUCGGAUAUAAAAGUAUAAUUUAGUCACGUUCCGAAUUUUUGAAAACUAAGGAAUUUAGUAACAGAAAGUUAAGUGGUGUAACUCCCAAUUGUGUUUAAUCAAUUAAUUACACCCUGUAUAUUAGAUCUCCCACGUGAUUUACCCCUAAAUAAGGUAGCUUAGUUCCUAAUGUAAAUAAGUGCACCAGUAUUUUUUUCUCAAUAAAAAUAUAGCUUCAUUCGAUUUAAGGCAUUUAACUGCAUAAAAAUUUCCAAACGUCAAAAACGCUGUCGUCCAUUUUGUGACGUCACUAACACACUUGAUGUACUAAACGUCGAACUAAUUGUUGACUAAUAUUUUUGUCAAACACUCCAUUUGUAUGGGAUUUUUUAUAGUGACGUCAUGAAACAGUUGAAAUGUAGACUGUCAUGGCCGACGGGCAUUUUGGCUCAUAUUGUCUAAAACAUAUUUAAAAACUAAAAUUUUCAUGUAAUCACGUCCUCAAAAAAAUAUGAAAAAUAUUUUUUCAGUCUAGUAGAACGAUAGUGAAUUAUUUAAGACCAUUUAAAAAAAACUAGCUGACUUUUAAAAAAAACUGAAAGAUAUGGCAAAUAUUCUUUAAAGAAAUAAAAUUAAAAGAAUGGUAAACAACUAUGAAGUUCAUGUCAGCCACUGACCAUCCAGUAAGUUCAUGAGUUUGCAGCGCUAACGGCAGGACAUCCGAUAAAACUGAUUGUGUGUAGGUCGCGAUGACGUCAUGCAGAUCGCGACAACACAGUACAGCAGGGUUAUUCUGUAACUAUGUUUUGUAUAACUCGCAAGUGCGAGUUUCGAAUUUAUCUCUAACUCUCUCAAUCUAACACGAUACUAUAGAAAGAGAAAGAAGAGGUGAAUUCGAAAUUCGCACUAAACGUCGUUACAGAAUGACCCUACAGUUAUCGAUUUUCCAAUUAUAAUUAUUAUUUGUAUACAUAUUUUGUUCCUAAUGCAAUAAAGUAUUUCUAGGAUACCUUGGUCUGUAAGACCAAAUUAUUAUUUUAGUUUUUAUCCUAUUCAUGUAUAAGGUUGUAAAUAGUGUAAGUUUUUACCUAUGUACUGUUUACAACGGCUAUUAUAGUUUGCCUGAGUUUAGUGUGCUUUAAAAGUAUUUUUUUUCCGUUAGUGUUACUAGUUUUUAUGUUAGAAUUUAGAAUUCUUAUUGAUUUGUGCUUGUUUCCUUGUUUUACCAAUAAAAUUAUUUCAAUAAA